CCAGGUCUCCGACUUCAGGAGGACAGAAGGCGACGCUCCAGAGGCUCCCGCGCCCAGCGCAUCCCUCCCUACUCCACCCCUCGGGAUCCUUUAAGAGGCGGGGCUUGGCGGCCAGCCCCGAGGCCCGGGCAAAAGGCUGGGACUUUACUCCGGUGGCUGAGAACGAGCCCGUGCUCCAUCAGCUGCCGCAACCGCCGCGCCCGAGCCGGAGCCACGAUGAGCGGCAGAGUCGGCGAUCUGAGCCCCAAGCAGAAGGAGGCACUGGCCAAGUUUCGGGAGAAUGUCCAGGAUGUGCUGCCUACUCUGCCCAAUCCAGAUGACUAUUUUCUCCUGCGCUGGCUCCGAGCUAGAAACUUUGACCUGCAGAAGUCCGAGGCCAUGCUCCGGAAGCACGUGGAGUUCCGAAAGCAAAAGGACAUUGACAACAUCAUGAGCUGGCAGCCUCCAGAGGUGGUCCAACAGUAUCUGUCAGGGGGCAUGUGUGGUUAUGACCUGGAUGGCUGCCCUGUCUGGUAUGAUAUCAUUGGACCUCUGGAUGCCAAGGGUCUGCUCCUCUCAGCCAGCAAACAGGACUUGCUCAAGACCAAGAUGCGGGACUGCGAGCGGCUUCUUCAGGAGUGUGUCCACCAGACAGAAAAGAUGGGGAAGAAGGUGGAGACGAUCACUCUGAUUUAUGACUGCGAGGGGCUUGGCCUCAAGCAUCUCUGGAAGCCUGCAGUGGAGGCCUAUGGAGAGUUUCUCUGCAUGUUUGAGGAAAACUAUCCUGAGACACUGAAGCGUCUUUUUGUUGUUAAAGCCCCCAAGCUGUUUCCUGUGGCCUAUAACCUCAUCAAGCCCUUCCUGAGUGAGGACACUCGCAAGAAGAUCAUGGUCCUGGGGGCAAACUGGAAGGAGGUUUUAUUGAAACAUAUCAGCCCUGACCAGCUGCCUAUGGAGUAUGGAGGUACCAUGACUGAUCCUGAUGGAGACCCCAAGUGCAAAUCCAAGAUCAACUACGGGGGUGACAUUCCCAAGAAGUAUUAUGUGCGAGAUCAGGUGAAACAGCAGUAUGAGCACAGUGUGCAGAUUUCUCGUGGCUCCUCCCACCAAGUGGAGUAUGAGAUCCUCUUCCCCGGCUGUGUCCUCAGGUGGCAGUUCAUGUCGGAUGGUUCAGACAUUGGUUUUGGGAUUUUCCUGAAGACCAAGAUGGGGGAGAGGCAGCGGGCAGGGGAGAUGACGGAGGUGCUUUCCAACCAGAGAUACAAUGCCCACCUGGUCCCUGAGGAUGGGACCCUCACCUGCAGUGAUCCUGGCAUCUAUGUCCUGCGUUUUGACAACACCUACAGCUUCAUUCAUGCCAAGAAGGUCAGUUUCACUGUGGAGGUCCUGCUUCCAGACAAAGCCUCAGAAGAGAAGAUGAAACAGCUGGGGGCAGUCACCCCAAAGUAAUGCCUCCUCCCACAGAAGGCCUGGCUCCCUCAGUGUCUCCCUUUCGGUUUUUGUCCCUUGCAGCAGUCAUUUGCCCAGUACCCAGAUGCCCCAAAAAAGUGGGCUACAAGAAGACCUUGGGCUGGA